AUGGCUGCUUCCCUUCUACUUCUGUUCCUGAUUGCUAGCAAGACCAUGGCUUUAGAGUUGAUCCCCUAUACACCUCGGAUCUCAGAGCUGAACAUGGAAGGAAAAGUCACUGUUAGCACUUUUGCCUUGGAGCCACCAAAGUGUGUCUUUGACCCAUUUGUCAACGUCUCUGACAACAUCUGGUUGGUAAUCACUUUCAUUAAUGCCACGGCUAACUUCAAGAACCCAACCUCCGCCCAGCAAAUCCCACCAUAUGAAGAUUUAUAUACCAGUUACGCCUACAUGACCAUGAAGUCCACCCUCUCCCAAUAUCCAUGCAAAGGCAAAGCAGGGAACGUGCUUCGGGUCGGCAACGAAUCUUCCUGCAAAAGCGAUGACAGGAGGACCCACUGCAACGGCCCCCUGCCCUCGCCUGGACCUUACAGAGUGAAAUUCCUCGCCAUGGACUCCACGGGUUCGAAAGCAGAAACAAGAUGGUCUGCUCCAAUCACGCUGAAUAAAGCCCUGAUUUGGAAAACAAUAGACACUUGGCCAGGCAGACGUAGUGGAGACAUGAUUGUCAUCACUGUAAUUCUCUCUGCUCUCUGUGGGGUCGUCACUAUUGGCUUCCUGAGCACUGUCUGCUAUGAAUGCUUCAAGCUUUGGCGCCACAGUCCAUCUGAGAACCAAGAGGAACAGCGCCCAGAGCCUUUCCAAGCCAGUCGCUAUGAUACCCACCACAUUCCCCCUGCCCCACCGGUACCUCCUCCUCCACCUGCUGUAGAUAUGCCUGGCUCUCAGCGCAUCAUUUCAUCUUCAUAA